AUGGCUGCUUAUAAAGAAGAGAACGAUAUAAAACUUCAUGAUUUGGAGAAAGGUUCUUCAAGUCCAGAAGAUGAAGAAUUAUAUCUUGGUGAAUCAAGUCAAGGUCAUGAUCCAACGCGUAUCUACAAAAAUCCAAUCUCUCCUAAAUCUGCUCAUAAAUUAGGUGCUUCGGCUACUUGGUCGAAAGUUAAAUAUCAAUCCCAUCAAUACACUUCAAAGUUAUCUUCAAAUAAACAAUCUUCAAUCCAAUCAAAUAACAAAUCAAAUGAAUCAAGAAUAGUGGAAUUUGGUGUUAAUGGUGAAAUCUUUAUUGCUUAUAACAAUACAAUUGAAGUUUGGGAUUGGAUCCCAUCUGCUUUAGAAUUACAUGGAUUGGAGAAUUCAAACCCUAAUUAUCUUUAUGACGAUGAUUCAAAUGAUACACUUUUCCUUGUUGCUUCAUUAUUUGAUAUAAAAGGUUCAAUCUUAAAUAUAACACCUAUAAAUUGUGAUCAAUUAACAAACACUUAUACGAUUUUAAUCACUUCAUUAUUACAAUCUGAAACCAUAUUCACAUUGAAAACUUUUGGUCAAUUAUUUGAAGAACAAGAAUCAAUUUCAAAUAUUUCACUGAUUUUACCACCUUGUGUUCAUGGAUUAUAUCCAUUCACUAUUAAAAAUUCUUCAAGAUUUAUUGGAAUUGCCACUAAUGAAGGUUCGCUAACUAUAUUUGAUACUGUUAAAAAUCAUCCUUUAUCUUUAUCUUUAGAUGCUGCAAUUAUUGAAGAUCAAGUUAUAUUUGAUAUUUCUGGUCGUUAUUUAGCAUAUGUACCAAAUCAAUCACCAAUUGAUAUUGAAGAUCAAACUUUAUUGAUUGUUCCAAAUUCUCCUAAAAAUGCUGAUUCAAUUUAUUCAAAAUUUUUAAAUAAUUUAUCAAUAACUGCAAUCGAUGGUGUAACAAAGUUAUCUGAUUUAAAUUAUUCAAUGAUUUCUAAAAAUUUACACGAUAUUUCAUCAAAUGAUCUCAAAACAAAUUUAAAAAAUUAUUUAUCAUGUUUAAUUAAUGGAUUUAAACAAUUGAAUCAAUUUGUUAUCAUAUAUGAUUUAGUUGAGGAAACUAAAAUUGGUUGUUUCCAACCACCAAAUGGUUGUUCAAAUUUAUCAUUAUCUUUAUUCAAUUCACAAUUAAUUACAAUAAAUCAAAGAGGUGAUCAAUUGUAUAAUUGGGAUAUAUCAAGAUUACCUAUUGAAAUUUCAUUAAUUGAUAUUCAAACAAGAGGUAAAACAAGUUCAAUAGUUGAUGAAAUUCAUUGGUCUUCACAAAAUUCAAUUGAAAUUAUAACAAGAUCAUCAGGUUCCAUUCAUUGUUUCCAAAACGAAACAAAUAAUUGGGUUUUAUCAAAUAUGAAAUGUUUAAAAUUAAGUAAUCUUCAAAAUGGCCGUGGAUUAAUCGGUUAUUGUCAAGAUGAUGCCAUAUAUUUAAUCAACCCACAAAAUGGGUCAUGUUCAAUUAAUUUCCAAUUACCUAAACAACCAAUCCCAAAAUCAUUAUUACCAAAUCAUAUCAAAUUAUCAUCAGUUGAUGAAUUAAUCAUAAGAGAUGAUGAUCAAGAUCAAUUAGCUGUGGAUGAUACUCCAUUAUCACAAAUUGAAAUUGAAACUUGUUUAAUGACAUCACCAUUAUAUACAAAUAAUAAAAUUCAAUUUGGGUUUUAUGAUUUUCCAAAAAAAUUUAAAGAUUCAAAUCCAUUUGAUGAUUGUUUUGAUGGGGUUGAGAAGGGGUGUAAUAAAGAUGAUGAUGAUUGUACUUUAUUUAAACAAGUUUAUUCAAGUCCUGGGAAUUAUUUAAAUUUUAAAAGCAUUAAUUUUGGUAAAGGUUCUGGAUUCCCCGUGUUUAUGAAUACAAAUACUAUGAAUGAAGGUGAAUCACAUAAUGGUGGGAAUGAUUUGAUUGAGGCUAUUAAUGAUGUAUUGAUUGUUGAUGAGAAGUAGGGUUUUUGGGCUAGAGUUUUUUAUUUCUUCUAUUUAUUUGGAUGUUGCGGGUUUUGAUUUUAUGGGUUACAAGGGAU